AUGGAAGAUAGUCCAGGUAGUCCAGUUAAAGCGAAGCGUAAAUGUUAUAGCAGACCACAUACAAAGGAAGAACGAAAACAGGAAAAGAAGCGACACAGAGAUCGAAAACAGUUUUUAAAAAGACAAGCGCGUCAAGAUGUUGGCAAAACUGUAGGAAAUCCUGUUGAACAUUCAACUAAACUUCAACCAGGAGUUGGAGCUCUACAGGUCGCCAAUCAAGGUAUCCAGACUGAGAACCGUUUGGAGAAGAAAGGAAUUCUUGAUAAACCAUCCAAGAUUACUAACAUUGAAUGCAAACAUAUUUCAACACUAGAAAAAAGUCAAAUAAUUGGAAGUGGUACAUAUGGCAUUUGCUAUAAAGGCUAUUACCAUGGUAAUAUUCAUGUGGUUAUUAAGACUUUUCGAGACUCGAUCUCAAAAUCAGAAGUAGUGCGUGAGGCCGCAGCAAUAGAAGACCUCCAGAAAUUAAAGCACCACAUUUCACUGCCACUAUUAUUCGGCAUGAAUUUGGAUGUACUACCUUUCCUGUUGGUAACACAGUUACACGCCACAGAAGAUAAUAAUACCCACACAUUGAGCCAAACCAUGAAAGAUCGGCUUUUAGGAAGAAGUGAAAUGAUGGAUGUUAUUAUACAAAUUGCUACAACACUUGGCUACAUUCAUUCUAGAGGCUGGUUGCACAAUGAUUUAAAGGAAAACAWMAUUGUUCUCCACGUGAUUUCCGGGCGUUGGAAUCCAGUCAUUAUAGACUUUGGGAAAAGCGUUUUAAUAAAGAAAGCCCAAGUUAAAAGAAAAACCAACCCAGAGCCCUCAAAAUAUCCAUGGAUAGCUCMARAGGUACUGGAGGGCCGGUCUGCCCCAUCUGUUUCAAGCGAUAUCUUUUCUUUGGGACUGAUGACCAAACACAUCUUUAAAGCUAUSAAAGUACGAGCUUCAGAGUCCCUCUACUCGUCCUGUCUUUCAGUUGUUGCAGAUGAACGUCCAAAGAAUGCGCAAAUAGUUGCUGUCUCGCUAUUGAGAUUCAAGAAAUCUAGUAUUGCAAAAUGA